AAUUUUUAUGGGCAAGCUGUGCACACUGGUGUGGAUCUGUUUUUUUUCAUUUGUUCUCACAAACCCUCUGCUUUAGUCUCCUUCAGAAAACUAUCCAGUGAUACUUCUUGGCCGGGAUGCUGGAAUGUUAGAUCUGCUUUCCCCACUGUUUUCACAGAGAUAAUUCUGGCUGUAGGUAGGAUCGCUGAAGUAAGUAAUAUGUGUGUGUUCUCAUGUGAAGUCUGAAAGUGGCCAUCAAAUUAUCUUUCAAACAACUUUAUUCAUUACCCAAAUUUGAUUCAAGUGUGUUGUUUCUAGAUGUAUUUCUGCCAGUAGCAGAAGCCAGAUUAACCUAUUCCGGCUGUGCUAACAGAAGAUUCGGUCCCCUGGGAGUCACCGAGCAUUAUGUUGCACGGCGGAGAGAGAUGCCGUGGAGGUAGAGAGCAGGCAGCGCUGAGGUUAACAUGCACUGCAGAAGGCUACGUGUGGCAUAGCAGGCGCCCCUGAGCCAAAAGGGGAAGGAGACCGGCUGUGCUGCUGUGGUUAACCCUACAAAGGCAGCCUGGGAAGUGAGGACGUGCACAGGGUGCCUUCAUCUAGCCCCACGGAUCCAGCAUGUUGGAAGUAGCUGGCUGUUAACAUCCCAGGGAACAUAGUAGCUGUAUUUGAUACUGAACAAAGUAUUUAAUGGCCUAGAUAAAAGCAUUCUGGUUGUUUAAUUGGAAAUGUCUUGCUGUUUUACAUAGACCUAGUGCCCCAUUUUUAUGAGAGUUAUAAUUAUGCAGAGAAAUUGUUUCCAUGGAAGCAGAGAUCGGCAAAGAAAUAAUGCACUCCACAUUUCCUACAAGAUUCCUUCAACAGCCUGCUGUUCUAAGUAAUUAACUCUUGUAAUGCCAUUAAAAUUUAACAUGGAUUAAAGGAAAUAAUACUUUAUUUUUUUUAGUGUCUUAGAGGCAUUUUUUUAAGUAAUUUUUUUUCCAUUUAAAAUAAGUGUGUUUCCCUCCUUAUUUACAAAGGUAAAAUCUACCAGUGCAAAAAAGUAAUUGUAAAAGAACAUUUUUAUUUUGGCAAGUUAUGCAACUCUGUCAGGGAAUAAUUUUAAUAUCUAAAAUAAUUUAAAUAACUUAAUUAUUCCUCCUUUCUGUUUUUCUUGCCACUGUUUUACAUUUCUUGAUUGGCGAUGGUAUGUUCUAAAACUGUUGGACUUCUGGUCACCUUUGAGGGAAGAGGCAGUGAAUGCAGUUUAUAAUUAAAGGUAACAGCAGUGACAGUCUUCCAACAGCAGGGAAAAUAGACCAUCUUUUUUUCAUUACCUAUGUUCUUCUUUCAUAUAUUACUUUUUGAGAAACUACUUAUUUUCUCUAUACUUCACUGUAGCUGUCCGUAAAAUGUGGUAACUCUCUACUGAUGAUACGAGGCUGAGGCCAAGUCUGAAUCUCUGUAAAGACCAUACAGGCAAAAUACCAUUUACCAAAAAUAAGUUCUAUUACUGUCCAUUCAUAUGGUGCUUUCUAGGUGCAAGGGCAGCUCAGCUCUCAGAUGUGUAUAAACUGCCAUAGCUCCGUUAAAGUUGGUUGUGAGCUAUAACAGUUUAUAGCUGUUGAGGAUCUGUUCUCCAGUAAAACCUUUUGGAGGGAAGAAAAACAAAAUCUACUUUCUCUACCCAUAAAGUUCAUAAUACGAAAUAAAGACAAGAUAUGAGCAUGUAGUUGAGAAUAGAUUUUGACUUUGAAGGAAGGAUGUGCAAUUAAGAAGUAUUGCUUAUAUAAAAGAGAAGUAAUGAGUGACUUAGAAAAUAAAUAUGGGAAAAGAACUAAGACAUACUAAACUAUUAUUGAAGAAUCCUGAAUUUGAAACUUCUAACAAUAUUUGUAUCAAUUUUAGCUGUAGAUCUCAAUUAUUUUCUAAGAUAGGUUACCUAUGAUUACUUUUAUCUGAAGGAAGGAUAAAAUGCAGAGGUACAGUAAUGUGUUCCAAGUCCUAAAAGGAGCCAGCAAUAAAUUAAGGAACUUGCUUCAUCUUCACGGCCCCAGGUAGGGUGUAUUUCUGUGGCUUGUUUAGAAAUAGGAAUAGGUCCAGCUGCAAAGCUGCAUGCCAGAUUAUGCCCUUCUGUAAUGGUUAGAGGGUAUUUACAUCCAGAGCUUUGAUUUAAAUAUAUGUUAUGUUGUAAAUACUCAUUGGCAGCCAGUUUAACUCCGUACUGUUUACAUAAACACAAGUCAUAAUUUCAAGUAGGUGAUCUAAAGCAGGGCAGGCCCUCCGAAGGAAACCAGCACAGACAGAAGGAACUGGAUGCAAGGAGGCAGUUUGUAACCUGUGUGGAUGGGAGAAUGGCAUAUACAGUGUCCUGUGGUCAUUUUUGGUCCCAAAACAAUGAUUUACAAAGUGCCUGAUGGUGUUUGGCAAAUCAGAUGUCGUACUUGCUUAAUGCAAACUGAAAAAUAUCUUUCAGUUGCUGCCAAAACAUGGAAAUGAUGAUUCAGGGUUCAUUAGGACGCUUGGGAGCUACUGGAAUGUACUGUGAAAGGCAUUACUCAACUUUCAGAUUGAAAGAUUUCUUCAGAAACUGCUAACAAUUCUGUAGGGGUAAUACAAGCACGAAAAUUGUUAUUCAUAAUACUGUCUUGGGAUGAGUAUGUGUCAAAGGAAAGGCAGAGAGACAAACUUUCCAUGUUGGAAGAUGAGCAUGCAAUCCUGUGCUCUGUAAGUAGGAGAGUAGUCAGCAAACUGAGGAACAGUCACUCCACCUGUGACCUGAACUGGCAGCUACUGCAGCAUUUGGUUAGAGCAUACAUUAAAAAAUUUUAUUUUAUAAAUAUAUAUGUAUAAAAGUAGCCAGGAGAUAGUCUGUAAUGAAUAAGAAACCAGACAGUGAAAUGAUACAGGAGGUGUGUGAUGGAAGAUACAGGAAGAAUCAUGAAGGAGGUGGAGGAGUGGGAAUGUCUCAGCUAAGGAGUAGGAUUCAGCCAAGAGAAAUGGGAGUAGUCUUAACCGCUCUGUGGAGCAAUCUUUCUAGAGAUUGUUAGCCUGUCCUGCUACAACUCCUUGAGGAAGCUUAGUAACAUCCAUUUGUUCAUGUUUGGCAGAUGCCUUUCUCAUUUUCAUGCAGAUAUUGGAGUCAGUAACUGAACAAUGUUUACUGUUCCCUUAGACAGCACAAAUAAGUGCCACCACAUACUGACAAUACAGAUUCCUUCAUCCCACUCUGGUUUACCGUGUUCUGACCCCACAACUGGAAGGACAGAGAGGCUUCUAGCAGAGGCUGGUACUCUCAGCUCUAUCUCUGCUUGCUUUUUGCUUCCUCUUGUGAUCUGUCCUCUAAUGUAUAGCUAUGUGCAAAUGCACAUUCCUUACAGAUAUAUUUGUGUGCAUACACCAUAAGUCUAAAGAAGGAAAAUGGAUAGGUGAUGGUUUGUGCUGUAAUCCAGAAGAGAAAUCCAAGGUAGGAACUACACUUCAUGUUGGCCUUGUCUCUUCCCUGUUGUUCCCUCAUUAAGUAGGAGGGAAGGCAGGCAUCUGGGGAAUCAGUGCCGCUCCCUGAAAAGUAAUUGAUGAAGGUGCAGCUUCUCUGGGAUUUGUGUAUUAUGAGGGGCCAGUUGUUUUGGAAGGAGAACCUGUCUGUCAGGUUUGAUUUGAAUUUUGUAAAAGGGAGCAGCACACCAGCAUGUAGAAACCAGUAGGCUGUGUGGGUUUAAGCUUCAGAUGGUGCCUGCUAUCACUUCAGACUUCUGCACUUUCUACCUGUAAUAUGGAAUCGCAGUUUGGAGUUUUGCUGAUUUUGGUUUUGGUGGUAGCUUCGUCGGGGCAGGAGAGUUGUACCUGUGCGACCAAUAAGUGGACAGUAUGUACGAAGGAUGUAUCUGGGAUCUGCACCUGCACGCUGGUAGGUUCAAAUCACAGGGUAGAUUGUUCAACGCUGACUUCAAAAUGCUUGCUGAUGAAGGCACAAAUGAUCCCCCGCAAGGGCAAGCGCUUCCAUAGACCUCACAGUGGGUUUUUAGAUAAUGAUGGCAUCUACAAUCCGGACUGUGAGGACAGUGGUAUCUUCAAAGCCAGGCAGUGCAAUCAAACUGAUACUUGCUGGUGUGUCAACACUGCCGGAGUAAGAAGAACUGAAAAGGGGGAUAAAAGCCUAAGGUGCAGUGAACUGGUUAGAACAAGCUGGAUCUACAUUGAACUGAAACACAAAAAAAUGUCCAGUACCUUUGAAGAUCCCGAAGUAGCAAAUGCCCUGAAACAUCUGUUUCAGAACCGAUACAAACUGCAUCCAAAGUACAUCGCGGAUGUGAAGUAUGAUUCUCCUUUUAUCCAAGUCCGCUUAAGUCAAAAUGACUUUGAGAAAUCUGACAAUGAUGUAGAUAUAGCUGAUGUAGCUUAUUACUUUGAAAAGGAUAUAAAAGACAACUCCAUAUUUCAUUCUAACAAUACAUUAAAAGUCUCUGUUAAUGGACAAGCUCUGGAUAUUGAAAAAAUACUGAUUUACUAUGUUGAUGAAAAGCCACCGGAGUUUUCUGCAAGACGUAUGAUUGCUGGCAUUACUGCUGUGGUGACAGUGGUGACACUGACUGCUGUCUUUGGGGUUACUGUGCUGGUUAUCCUGAGGUGGCAGCGGACAAGAAAAUAUAAAAAAGUUGAGAUUAAAGAAAUGGGUGAAAUGAGAAGACCAACUUUACAGUUGCCUUAAUCUGAAAAAAGAAAUGCAACUUCAACAAUGACAAAAACAACAAAAGUAAAAAUUGCAAACUGAUUCAGUGUGUGUGGGUGGGUCUGCAGAGUUUCAUCCCUUUUACUAGGGAAUUGCUGGUGAUUUUUAGAAUUUCUAGUGAUUGUUUUGAAUGAUUUUUAGUUUAAGAAUGACUAACUUUUAGGUAUAGAUUCAUUUAGAAGUCAUUUAUCAAAAUCUUUUAAAGAAAUGAGUCCCAGUUCAGAGGUUAAGAAAAUCGUUAUAACUGUCUGUUUAGCAUAAUUUAGAAUAGUUUCACUGAUACUGUAGGCCUGGUUCAGCUUGCUUAAAUCCUUUGAGAGUCCUUUGGUAUACCUAGCUACUGAAACUCGGUUAUUUGCUGUGUGACCCAAAUAAGCUAAGGCAAGUUUUCUGUAUUUAAAGAAAUUUUUGAGGAAAUAAGUGUUUUUUUUAAAGUUACUGGAACUCUUUUCAUAAACAGUUUCACAAAUAUUGCUAAAUAACCAAGUGAAGUUGUGAUAAGGUCCUUACUUUACAACAUAGGAGGCUUUUAUACAGAGUAAUUUCUUAGGAAACAUUAACACGGUUACUUCCAGGUGCACAGAUGCCAAAUUUCUGACUUUGUAUUCAGACAGCACAGUGAGCUAUUCCCAUUUGUGCUUUUCAAGGGUCUGACGCUUGUUGUCGGCAAAGAUCCCGCGAUACCAAUGCAAGCGUAAGAAAGUUAACCUUGGUGUUCUGCUUGAAUUCAAACUUGGGUGAUUGUUUUCUGUCUACCUAAAUUUCCCUUGCAACUCUAAUGGGGGGAGAUAUUUUUCAGGGUUUAACAGCUUCACAGGAAUGCUACACAAUGCUCCAGGACCUGUUGAAAAGAGAGCUUUAUUCUAUUAGAGCUGUGGGGGGGAAUUUAAGCAGAAUGGAGUUAAUUGAAAUUGGAAUCUGGCCAAGACACUAGAACUGGGCUUCUUUGCUACCUACUCAUCUACUGCAUUCCUUGUUUGGUAGGUCAUAUACACCAAGAAGGACGUUUUAGAAAGAAAGUAAUGAUAGUUAUUAAAAAUGGAAAUACUGGCAAUUGUAUUCUCCACACUAUGUAUGGUUGUCUGAAGUCUCAUCAGCCUAAUCUGUUUUUCAUUCAAAAAUCCAGUGGUUACAUUCAAGACCACUAUACACAGGCAGUCCAGAAGGGUCGGCUCUUUAGUUCUCUUAAUUAGUCUCAAUGGCACUAGCUUGUAAUCCUAAUAAAAAUCCAGUAAUGUGCAACUUCUAGAGCAAAUUACUUAUUAAAUGCACAUCUCAAAUUCUACUGUAGUAUACAAAACCACAAAAAAAUGCUGCCCUUUCUCCCACCUUCCUCAUCCAAAUAUUUGUGUAGGUUAAUGAAUAGGAUGCUGGGAAGAGAACAAAAAAGGUUGGAUUCUAUUUGCACCUUUGUUUAUAACAGAAAAUGAAGAGACUUACCAUUCUUUAGUAUUUGUGGCUGGAACACAAGCAUCUCUAUUUAACCUAAUUGUUGUUUAGUUGCUUUCUGGAAAAAACUUGAGUUUUGGAUAUACGGGAUGGGGCAGAUGUAUCACAUUUCACAAAAAUUAGAUUUUAUGCAAUAACAUUAGUGAUAAUAUAUUUAAAAAGUUGUGAUGCAGGGCCUAUAAUUUACUGCAUAUCGUACGGCACCACGUCCAAGCUCGUAGCUUUUUAGUCAAGUAUGUACGUUAGUACUGAUAAAAGAUGAGGUGAAAAUCAAGUAUCUAGGUUGAAUUCUCCCAAGUCAUAGGGAAGUUCAGAACUUAGAUGAACUCCACACACGGUUUUGCAAUUAGCCUUCUUUUAUAAAAGGGUUUGAACUGAACAUCAGGAGCUAGGUACCUCUCAGUCCUGGAGAAAUCUGGGAUCAGUAUGAAAAUUUUGUUUAACCACUUUUGUUCUUGGAUUAACAUAUGCGGAACUAGUAAAAGCUCUCUGAUAUGUUAGUGGUGUCCCUCCCUCAGAGAAGAUAGUCUGGAUGAUGGAUGUCUUCCACUCCUUCACUGUCAUGGGACCUGUCCAGAGGACUGUCCUGUUUAUCACUCAGUUAUUCAGAAUUUACUGAAGAAGUGGUACAGACCUCAGAAGGUGCUAAGAGAACUAUAAUUGGUUAAACAACAGAGGCCAAAUUUUGCUCUUCAUUUUACUCAUGUUUACUGCAACUGGGCAAUUGGUUUAAUUAGAAUGCAAAUUUCUAGAAAAUAAGAGACAGUAUUUACUAGUGUAGGCUGAGAAUCAUAAGACAUGCAAUCUUUUCUGGGGGAGAUACUGUAGUCUUCUAACCACUUCAGUUUUCUUAUUUGUCUCAUGAAAAUAAUUUGUUUUCUUAAGAAGAAAGAUUUUAUAUUAAAACAAUAUAAAUGCAUUAAGCAGAAAGCAAUAUAAAUAUAUUAGCAUAAUUCUCAUUAGGUAAGAGACAGGUGACUAAGUUGUUUUAAGACCACAAAUCUUAACAGAUAGGUAACAGUUUGUGAGUAUUUCUCUUGGGCUCCUGCUUUUCUUUUUAGAAACUGACAUUGAGAGGAGACCAUGGUUAAGUUAUGGUGCUAUUCAUAUUUUAAAUAAUUACUAAAAGACUGUCCAGUGAAACAAAUGUGUUUUGGUCAGUUAUUUCCUUGCUAGCCAUCAAGAACUGGUAGAUUGUGUGUGCUGCUAUGGGGCUGGAAAAGCACUGGGGACGCUUAAUGGCAGUAAUAAGGUACGUGUCUGCAAUUUAUCAAAAGAAAAGGAAGAUUAAUUACAGUACAGAGCACAGAGAACCUCUCUUUGGAUUAUGUCAUUUACUUGAAUAAAGCUAUGUAAAACUAUUAUAAGAUUUGGAGUUUAAUAAACUAAACAUACUCUCUCAUUGCUCUUGCUAAGUAUUCAUUUCUCUCCUGCUGUUCCAGUGAUCACUUCUCGGGCUAUAUAUUAAUCUCUCUUUCACAUAUGGCAGAUCAAGUAUUUCACUGUAACGAUCCAUGAUGUUCAGCUUGUUUGACAUUCUGUCCACCACUGAUGUUCUUACUAGAAAUAAUUUCAAAGGAUAAAAUGAACUUGUCAGUUUUAAAUUUUACAAAAUAAAUAUGCUUUUUAUUCAUUCUAA